AAAGGAGGCAGGUAGGGUUCUCGGCGGUGACGUCACCUCGCCCGCCCUUUUCCCUCCUCACUCAGCCUGUGGAAGAGCCGUUAGAAAAUGGCCGCUGCGCCGAGCGGAGAGGAGAGACUGGAAGAAAAAUCUGAAGAUCACGAUCUUCAAGGACAAAAAGAUAAACCACCAAAACUCAGGAAAGUAAAAAAAGACAAGAAAGAUGAGGAAGAAAAGCAGCAACCGAUUCAUCCCUCUGAGCACCAGUCAGGAGAACCUGCAGAUGAAGAGAAAGCUGAUAUAUCUGAAAGUGCUGAGGAAAGCCUGGCUGUUCCUGAAGCCUCUGCCUCUCCCAAGCAGAGGAGGUCUGUUAUCAGAGACAGGGGUCCCAUGUACGAAGACCCCACUCUUCCUGAAGGCUGGACACGAAAACUCAAACAGAGAAAAUCUGGUCGUUCAGCUGGAAAGUAUGAUGUAUAUUUAAUACACCCUAACGGAAAAGCUUUUCGAUCAAAAGUUGAGCUCAUAGCAUACUUCCAAAAGGUAGGCGAUACAUCGCUAGACCCUAAUGAUUUUGACUUCACUGUAACUGGGAGAGGGAGUCCGUCUCGGAGGGAACAGAAGCCACCGAAAAAGCCUAAGGCUCCAAAAUCUUCUGGAACAGGGAGAGGAAGAGGAAGACCCAAAGGAAGUGUAAAAGUAAAACCUCCUGCAAAAUCUGAAGGAGUACAAGUCAAAAGGGUGAUAGAGAAGAGUCCAGGAAAGCUUUUGGUUAAAAUGCCUUAUUCUGGAAAUGAAGAGGAAUCAGAUGCAACAACUUCAGAACAGGUUUUGGUCAUUAAAAGAGGCGGUCGUAAAAGAAAACCAGAAACCGAUCCAUCGGCAUCUCCUAAAAAGAGGGGGAGAAAGCCAGGCAAUGUGAGCUUGGCUGCUGUAGCAGCAGAAGCAGCAAAGAAAAAAGCUAUCAAAGAGUCUUCCAUCAAGCCUCUUUUAGAGACUGUGUUACCAAUAAAGAAACGCAAGACCAGGGAGACUAUCAGUGUAGAUGAAAAAGAUACAGUAAAACCAGAGCCUCUUACACCUGUUAUAGAAAAAGGUAUUAAAGUACAAAAACCUGCAAAAAGUCCAGAAAGCAGAAGCACAGAGAGUAGCCCAAAAAUUAAAGCUGUCUUGCCGAAAAAAGAGCUGCAGCAGCACCAUCAUCAUCACCACCAUCACCAUCAUCACUCCGAAUCUAAGGCAUUUGCCACCAGUCCAGAGCCAGAGACUUCAAAGGACAGCAUUGGGGCCUUGGAGCCCCAGGACUUAAGUGUUAAAGUGUGUAAAGAGGAGAACCUACCGGAAAGCGAUGGCUGUGCUCUGGAGCCAACCAAGACUCAGCCUGCUGAUAAAUGUAGAAACCGAGCAGAAGGUGAAAGAAAAGACAUUGUUUCAUCUGUCCCUAGACCAACAAGAGAAGAGCCUGUGGACACCAGAACAACGGUGACAGAAAGAGUUAGCUGACUUUAAAAGGAUUAGCAAAAACAGUUAAAAAAAAAAAUAAAGGCAGCUCUGGUCUCUUCUCCAUGUGGGUAGGGCUCUGACAAGGCUUCCCUAUAAGUAAAGAAAAAGUCUAUAUUUUUUCCUCCUGUAGCUUGGAGUUUCGUAGCUUCGGGGUAGCAAUGAAUGUCGAAUGUGGAUCUUUUUAAUACCUACGAGCACAGUCAGUCAGGGGUGAAGACUUCUACCAGAGCAAGAAGCAGCUUUGCACUUUUUUUAUACUAAAUAGGCUCCUUUCAACACGGCUUUCUCUGCAUCAUACUACUGACAAAGAUGGGCUGUUUCCCUAGCAUUUUAGGGAUGCCAACCUUAGCUUUGCUCCUGUUAGUAAUCGUAAAAUCCCGGUGCCAUCACAAAUAAGUUACACACCACUGCAAAAACAGCAUAACAUUUCUUUUACUUAAUUACAGUACACGUGAUAAGAUAGUAUGGUUUGAUUCCAUCCAGACCAAACUCUUGCCAAAUUAUCAUUCCCAUGGACUGAGCCAGGGUAUUAUAACACCGUGUUCUACCUUUUAUUUGUGAGACAGCCCUUCAAUCAAUCAUUGCUUUUACAGAUGUUGCUCUCUUUUCUUCUCUCUUUUAGUUUAGCAUGACGGUGGUUUGAUACCUCAGCAGCUUCUGUACAUAUUUUGUUAUUUUCUCGGCUAUAAGGUACGUUCACAGUCAUCCUGAUCUAAGAAGGGAAAGCAUAAAUCCACACACUGAUUUCAUGCCAAAAGAGAGCAGCAAAAUGAAUUAUGCAGCCUGCUAAAUAAAGCAGGGAUAUUCAAACUGCAGCCUCUAGGAUCCUGACAGGGGUUGUUGUACAACAACAACAACAUUUGUAGGACUGCAGGUUAAACAUCCCUGACCUGAAGGAUUAAUUUCUGUAAAACAGAAUUAUCCACAUACAGUGAUAGAAUCACUGCGCUGAAACAUAAACAGCAAAAGCAAGAAAUAAGAUGAACUUCAUAUAGUGCAAUUCAUUAUUUUAACUAUAAGGGAAAAUAAGGAGAUCUAAAUCGUUCUUCCAUUUAAGUUAAACUCAAGUAGCUUUUCUCUAGUAAUAAUCAUCAUUGCAAUGGUUUUUUUUUUUCCAUUUCCCCGUUAAGAAAAGAAACAAUCAUUGCAGAAACAAAUUAGAAAUGAACUUUGUGUAAAGUUUUAUUUUUUCUACCUGACUUUUUGCAAGACUGCAGGUCUAACGUUGACAGAUACAGACUAAUGCAGUUGGCAGCACUGUGUUUGUUGCACACCAUGGGCACCAGAGAUUGUGUUGCAGAUCUUUCUGACUCACAGUAGGGAUGUGUUUGGGGGGGGGGAACUUACAGGUAGUCAGUUGAAGCUGCGAAACUCUGUGUCCUGGUUGUGCGUGUGUUUCCUUUAUUUUGGCAGUUUCAUAAGGACUUCCGGUUCCAGAGGUACUCUCUGUUUUAGCAUAGGAAUCAAUAUAACAACUCCAAGUAACCAACAAUAGACAAUAGCAUUUGCUUGUGUGACAACCUAGAGGUUUGUGGAAGUCAUUUUGCAGCAAUCAGUGUUGGGUCCUCCACCCAAAUUAACAGAGUGAAUGUGAGUUUUUUUUGUUUAUGUUUUUUUUUUUUGUAAAGGAAAAUAAUACUGUUAUGUGAAGGCCUUUCUUAUGAUUUUCACCAGAUACCUAUUAGUGAAGACGCUGUGAGUUUGCAUGUAUUUUACACUUCUGCAGGAUGUGCAUAACUCCUAGUAACUGUUAUGUUUCUUUGUAUCCAUAGAAAUGUAUGUAUAUGUUCACACAUAGUUUGCUUUACAGAACAUAUAUGUAUAGUACAACAUUUAGAUGUAAACCGACCUAUGAUGUCAACCAUGUUUUCUUCAUGCUCAUUCCAAAGCAUUUUUCAGCAUAAUUAAAAAAAAAAAAAAGUAAAAAAAUUUAUCAUUU